UUUUUCUCGGGCUGCCGCGGGGCUCUGCUUUGCUGUUGGCUCUGGGGAGCACUGAGGGAAAUACGGGGGCCGCCUCCUCCUCCUCCCGCUCCUGCUCGGUGAGCGGCGGGCGCAGCAUCCUCGGCAGCGGGAGGCCGGGAACAAAGGCUCGGCGCCAGCCCCGGCGGCUCCCCCUGCGCCCAGCGGGGAUGGCGGCCCUCGGCUUAGGGGGGCUCAACGUCCCCGCCCGCAGGAAGAGCGGCCCGGCCCGCAACGCGGCGGUGGAACGGCGGAACCUGAUCACGGUCUGCAGGUUUUCAGUCAAGACUUUGAUUGACCGUUCAUGCUUUGAGACCAUCGAUGACACCUCUCCCGAAUUUCACAAUUUUGCAGCCAUUCUGGAGCAGAUCCUAAGCCAUCGACUCAAAGGUCAGAUCUCCUGGUUUGGCUACGAAAGCCCUCGUAGCUUCUGGGACUACAUUCGCGUAGCUUGCCGAAAGGUCUCCCACAGCUGCAUCUGCAGUAUUGAGAACAUGGAGAACGUCGGUUCUUCUAGAGCUAAGGGUCGGGCCUGGAUCAGAGUGGCACUGAUGGAGAAGCACCUGUCUGAGUACAUCUCCACAGCCCUCAGAGACUUCAAAACAACCAGGAGGUUUUAUGAGGAUGGAGCCAUUGUCCUUGGGGAAGAAGCCAACAUGCUUGCUGGGAUGCUGCUGGGACUCAACGCCAUUGAUUUCAGUUUUUGUCUGAAGGGAGAAGGCUUGGAUGGCAGCUUUCCAGCUGUCAUAGAUUAUACACCCUACCUGAAGUUCACCCAAAGUUCUGACAGCAUCAGCAGUGAUGAAGAAGAGCUGAGGACGCUGGGCAGCAGUGGCAGUGAAGGCAGCACUCCAGAGAACAUUGGUCCUCCUUUCAUCACGGAUGAGAACAGUUGGUACAACAAAUGCAAAAGGGUGGAGCAGAAGUACAGGCUGGCCUUGGAGCAGAAGGGCUACCUUGAAGAAUUGGUACGGCUCAGAGAGAACCAACUCUCUGAAUCCGUCUCACAGAACAAGCUGCUGCUCCAGAGAAUCGAAGAUAUGGAUCUGGCCCAUAAAAUGGAGAAGGAGCAGCUGGAAUAUAUCAUUGUGGAGCUGCAAGACCAGCUGACUGUGCUAAAGAACAAUGACUUGAGGUCAAGACAGGAAUUAACCACUCACCUCACCAACCAGUGGCCUUCCCCAGGAGCUCUGGAUGUCAAUGCUGUUGCCUUGGAUACUCUCCUCUAUAGAAAGCACAACCAACAAUGGGAUGAGAAGAGUUUUCACAGCCUGGACCAGCUUUCAGCAGAAGUUAGCCUUUCUCAGUCCUCUCUGGAGCCAGGUCACUCACAGGAUGGCAAGCAGGAUGGAAUCAACUUGUUGCACGAAGGGAAGGAGGACACCCCAUCGCUGCUCGGGCUCUGUGGCUCCCUCACAUCAGUAGCCAGCUACAAAUCCCUCACCAGUCUGAAAUCCAGUGAAUGUCUUGCAAGCCCCACAACAGAGAUGACAAGUCCAGGCUUAACACCAUCCUGAGGCACAGCCAAGACCAAAGAGCUUGGUGUUGUAGGCAUGGGCUUGUGUUCCACAGCACGCCUGGCAAUGGGAACUGCUCCUUCUGUUACCAAACUCAGCUGCUUUAUUUUUCUCUCUUCAUGGUUUCCUGCUCAAGUCACAAGUUCUGUCCCUUUUCAUUCACUUUGGGGGUUUUUGGUUUCUU